AUGGUUUGGCCGUUUAAUUCAACAAAGCCUCCGCUUUCUUCAUCGCCUAACUCUUCGCAUUCAGAGACGCAGUCAACUUCAUUGCCUGAUUUAGCAGUGAUUGAUUCAGCAGUAUCUGACUUAAGUGACGCUUUGGAUUCUAGUAGAGAUAGCACAAAUAUGAUCAGUUUAGAUAGAUCUCCUAUAUUUGCGUUAGAUCAGUUGAAGCAAGCUGGCGUACCAUUUGAGAAACAGCUAUCGCCAUACUUACAGAUGGAUCCUACCGUUUUCCGGGAAUCUACUCCUCAGUAA